AUGGGGGAAAAGCUGAUCGAAACCGUACGUGUUCGCAAAGUUCUGUGUGAUACAAGCCAUGAAGAUUACUUGAAAACGAAGCUGAAAGCUGAGAAGUGGGAGAAAGUGGCCAAGGAAACGGACAUACGAAAUGGGCGCAGCCAGGCGGCGAGCACUUUGGAAGACGUCCAGGACCUGGUGAGUCCCAACGCCGCCUUGCUGCGACUGUUGGGGCUGUGGAGCGCGCCGGGCUCUGCUGGUGAAGGCACCAGGGGCGUCGCAGCUUUGGCGCGCGGAUGGUUCUGCUGGGUGAUGGUGCUGUUCAUAGCGGCCACCAGCGCGGGCAAGCUGUGCCUGGACACCCCUGAGGAGCUGACCGCGCUGGCCGACUACGGCUACACUGUGUUUCAUUUGUCUGCCGUUACAGUGAAGGUUGCCUGCUUCGUUCUGCAGAGAAGCACUAUUCAAGAACUUGUGAAGCAACUGGAGUACAGCAGGAAGACAUACGGAAGAAGACAGGCCGACAAUCUUGUCCGCGAGUUCUAUCAGCGCCGCGCCACUACCGUCUACCGCAUCUUACAGGUCUUAGUGCUGGUAGUGAUCUGUUUGUGGAUCAGCGCACCGUUGUUGCAGUACAAGACAGCUGAUGAAUUUCCUGAUUCAGAGGAGGUCGACCGACAGCCGCCGAAUCCAGUCUGGAUUCCGCCACGGUCGCCGGAGUACGAGAUAGUGUACUCGGUACAGGCGCUGUGCGGCACCAUGGCGGUGCAACUCUCCAUGCUGAUCGACGCCUCCUUCUACAAGCUAAUGAUGCUGGUGACAGCCGAGCUGCAGAUUCUCAACGACAACCUGGCAGUGCUCGGGAGAGCGGACGCUUCUGCCGAGCGAAAGGGCAGCUGUCCCACUAAUGUGCUCGGACAGGAAACAGAUGAUGUUGCUAUUCAACAGAUCAAACAAACUGCUGCUCCAGUCACUGAGCAUAACGACCAUCCAAGAAAGCUACUAUACUGCCAGCUGGUGGAAAACAUACGUCACCAUCAGGUCGUUGUAAAGUGUUUCAACCUACUGCAGCUGGCGAUAACCUACUCUAUUUCUAUUCUUCUGCUCUCCAACAUACUUACGGUGUGCUUCUCCAUCUUCGUUGUUUCUGUGAGCGAGAGACUGCGUCAUUCUGCCUACAGCUGCAGCUGGGUUGGCGCUGAAGCUCCUUUCAAACGAGCGCUCGUCAUAUACGUGAUGAGAACAUCGCAACCUCUGGAGUUCUCAGUGGGCAAGUUAAUUAAGCUGUCCAGCGAGACGUUUUUAAAGAUUCUGAAUAGCUCAUACACUCUUAUCAAUCUUCUGUAUCAGUUCCAAGGACCAAAAGACUGAACUUCCAGAGAAGACCACAUGACAUGGCAAAAAGGAUGCUUCCAGUGCAGCAGCAAUUUACAC